AUGGAUACUUCUCCCACCUCUAACGAGACCAUCACUGUCUCCUCCGGUUCACAAAAAUCACUCCUCAACGUUAACAUGACGAACGUCACAAAGCUCACAUCCACCAACUUCCUGAUGUGGAGCCGUCAAGUUCAUGCCUUGCUUGAUGGCUAUGACUUGGCUGGCUACGUCGAUGAUUCGAUCAUCAUACCGUCUCCAACAGUCACAACUGCUGAUGUCGUGACUCAGAAUCCAGCUUAUCUACUGUGGAAAAGGCAAGAUAAGCUGAUCUACAAUGCGCUUCUUGGUGCAAUCACCAACUCCAUUCAGCCUCUUCUCUCCACCGCCGAAACCGCUGCCGAGAUCUGGACGAUACUUUCGUCCACCUAUGCGAAACCGAGCCGUGGCCAUCUCAAACAACUCAAGCAUCAAAUCAAACAGUGGACUAAAGGUACCAAAUCCAUCAACGAGUACUUUCAAGGACUUACCACUCGCUUUGACCAAUUGGCGCUUCUUGGGAAACCAAUGGACCAUGAGAAUCAAGUCGAGUGUGUUCUUGAAGGACUCCCUGACGACUACAAGACCGUUGUUGAUCAGAUUGAAGGUCGAGAUGUUGCGCCUUCCCUCACUGAAAUCCAUGAGAAGCUGUUGAACCAUGAGGCAAAACUUCAAGCAACCUCCACGGUGGGCUCUUAUGGUCCGAUAUCUGCAAAUGCUGUCUCAUUCAAGGGACAGCCGAGAAACAACUACCAAGGACAGUCGAGAGGCAACAAUCGCAACAAUCAAACAUGGCAGCAGCAGCAGUUUCAACAACGCCCAAAUCAGAACUCCCCACGACCUUACCAGUCUCACGACUCGACGGCUCCGAGGGGAUAUCAAGGAAGAUGCCAGAUCUGUGGUGUUCAUGGCCACAGCGCACGCACGUGCCCUCAACUGCCUCAAUAUGGUAGUUCCUCCAACUUCACACCUCGUGCUCCUACUCCAUGGCAGCCGAGAGCGAACAUGGCUGCAGCCACAUCCUCUGACAACUGGCUCCUUGACAGUGUCGCGUCGCAUCAUCUUACGUCCGAUCUGAACAAUCUCUCUCUACAUCAACUCUACAACGGUGGUGAAGAAGUGACCAUCGCAAAUGGCUCUCGCCUUCCCAUCUCGCACACUGGUUCAGCUUUUCUUCCUACUCAAUCCCAUUUUCUCACCCUAAAGAAUGUCUUAUAUGUUCCUAAUCUCUACAAAAACCUCAUAUCAGUUUACCGUUUAUGUAACGCUAACCAAGUCUCUGUGGAAUUCUUUCCUGUCCAUUUUCAGGUGAAGGAUCUGAGAACGGGGGCGCGGUUACUCCAAGGCCGAACUAAGGAUGAGCUAUAUGAGUGGCCGAUGUCGACCAAGAAUACCAUCUCUCUGUUUGCUUCCCCAACUCCAAAAACCGCCUCUCACACUUGGAAUUCUCGACUCGGACACCCUUCUCCAUCUGUUUUAAAAACUAUUGUUUCUCAAUUUGCUUUGCCUUUUUCUGAUUCUUCAAACAACCACUCGUCCUGUUCCCACUAUCUCAUUAAUAAAAGUCACAAGUUACCAUUUUACUCAAACACCAUCUCUUCUACCAAACCUCUUCAAUACAUCUAUUCUGAUGUCUGGUCAUCACCCAUUGUCUCCGUUGACAACUUCAAAUACUACGUAAUUCUCGUUGAUCACUAUACUCGCUACUCGUGGCUCUAUCCACUCAAGCGAAAAUCUGAUGUUCGGGAAACGUUUAUUGCCUUCAAGUCACUGGUGGAAAACCGUUUCCAGCAGAAGAUCCAAACGAUGUACUCCGACAACGGCAGUGAGUUCAUUGCUCUCCGUUCCUUCCUCACAACUCACGGGAUCACAUAUCUGACGUCUCCGCCGCAUACGCCGGAACACAACGGUGUCGCUGAGAGAAAGCACAUGCAUAUCGUCGAGACAGGCCUCACUCUGCUACACCAGGCGUCCAUGCCUAAAAGCUAUUGGACUUAUGCCAUCGCAGCAGCCAUCUAUCUCAUCAAUCGAUUGCCUGCUCCACUUCUGCAAAAUGAGUCACCCUACACUAAGCUCUUCCAUCAAAAACCAAAUUACCUCAAACUUUGUGUCUUCGGCAGUCUCUGUUUUUCUUGGCUGCGUCCGUAUGCAAACCACAAACUUCAUGACCGGUCGGCUCCAUGUGUCUUCUUGGGAUAUUCCCUCACACAGAGUGCCUAUUUGUGCCUGGACCGAACCUCUGACCGGAUCUACACAUCACGUCAUAUCCGGUUUGUUAAAUCGGAGUUCCCAAUUGCUGCAACUCCACCUCAAAUUCCGACAUCCGAAUCUCAACUCGAGUCGCCAACCCACUCAAAUUCCUAUACCUUUGUUCCGGUUCCGACAUCGUCACUCAUAGCUGCUCCUCCGGCGUCCCCCAUCCCGGAUCCUCACCACACGAGAUGCAAAUUGGCGAACAAAGCUCGUUGGAUAGCUCGCGGCUUCACACAAAAGUACGGAAUCGACUACGCUGAGACCUUCAGCCCGGUUGUGAAGUCCAUUACCAUCCGCGUUGUUCUUCAAUUGGCGGUCAGUUGUGGCUGGACAAUCAAGCAACUUGACGUCAACAAUGCUUUUCUCCACGGAACUCUGACGGAGGAAGUCUACGUUACUCAACCACCUGGUUUCGUUGACAAGGAUCGCCCCAACCACGUCUGUCGUCUCCGCAAGGCACUUUACGGUCUCAAACAGGCUCCACGAGCAUGGUAUCAAGAGCUCCGCGGUUUUCUUCUCCAACUGGGUUUUCAGAACUCUGUUGCCGACACCUCUGUUUUUGUGUACAUCAAAGGUACUGACCUUGUCUACACUCUCGUCUAUGUUGACGACAUAGUCAUUACCGGCAGUAACACCACUCUCGUAGCUCGCUUCAUUAAUGCAUUGGCGAAUCUGUUCUCGUUAAAAGAUCCCGCGGAUCUACAUUAUUUUCUGGGAAUUGAGGCUAUUCGCACUCCUAAGGGAUUCCACCUGAUGCAGCGCAAGUACAUCCUCGACUUACUGGUCAAAACCAAUAUGGUGGAUGCAAAACCUUUUCUCACUCCUCUCGCUCCUCAUCCACAACUCAUCUUACAUGAUGGCUCUCCAAAACUUGAGAAACCAAGUGAGUAUAGAAUGGUAGUUGGAAGUUUGCAAUAUCUGGCUUUCACUCGGCCGGACAUUGCUUAUGCAGUGAAUCGGCUCUCGCAAUUCAUGCAUUCACCUUCUGAGACACAUUGGCAAACAGCAAAGAGGGUGUUGCGUUACUUGGCAGGCACCUCCUCUCAUGGUAUUUAUCUCCGAGCCGAUACCCCUCUUAAUCUCCAUGCGUACUCAGACGCAGAUUGGGCCGGAGAUAGAGACGACUAUAAAGGCGUGUCUCGGUCGUCUACGGAGGCCGAAUACAAAGCCGUUGCAAACACGGCAUCGGAGAUUCGUUGGGUUUGUUCCCUGCUCACUCAACUUGGUGUUACUCUCACUCAUACUCAUGUCAUCUACUGUGAUAACGUUGGAGACACCUAUUUAUGCGCAAAUCCGGUUUUCCACUCUCGCAUGAAGCACUUGGCAUUGGACUAUCAUUUCAUUCGCGAGCUUGUUCAGUCGGGUGUCCUCCGCGUUGUUCAUGUAUCCACUGAUGACCAAUUGGCUGAUGCCCUCACCAAAGCGCUUCCACGUCCACGGUUUGUCGAACUAUCUAGCAAGAUUGGAGUGUUCGAACUCCCUCCAUCUUGA